AUGGACAAGGACAACCGCGAUGACUUCACGUUCGCCAAGCUCAGCGACCUCAAGAUGCCGGUCACCUUUCGGAUAUCUCAGCUUGAGGGAACGCGCAAGCCACACCCUUUCACCGAAGUCCUAGAGAAGCCGGAGUUACGCUUUCACGGGGUGCAGCAGUCUCCGAACUUCUCGGAUCUCUAUGUGACCUGCCAGCUCGUCGCGGACAACAAGCCGCUGACGAUACCCUUUCGUACGUCUUUCAAGGCAUUCAAGAAGGACUAUACGUGGAAUGAAUGGAUCACACUGCCUAUACGUUAUUGCGACCUUCCGUUGAACUCUCAAAUCACUUUCACUGUGUGGGACAUCUCAGGCCCGAGGUCGGCUAUCCCGGUGGGAGGCACCACAUUUCGAUUGUUUGGAAAGAAAUGGACUCUUCGGCGGGGAAAGCACCGCAUGGUGUUAUGGCCUGACCGAGAGGCGGAUGGGGCGAAUGAGCCAACUACUCCCAGCAAGAUUGGCACGCGGGAUGAGAUGGGUCGGCUGGAGAAGCUGGUGAAGAAAUACGAGCGAGGGGACUUGCCAAAGUCUGAGUGGCUGGACUCGAUGGCGUUCAGGAAGAUGGAGGAAAUACACGCUGCCGAGACCGAGAAGAGCGAGAAUCUGUAUCUGUACAUCGACCUCCCACGUUUCGACUUCCCCGUCAUCUUCAGCGAGCCAGAUGCAUCCAGCGUUCCGUCCACAUCGACAGCGUCGUCGACUGCGGCAACGCCUGCACCCCUGACGUCAUCCUUCACUUCAGACGUUCACUUGUGGCAAAUUGUUGAUCCUGACAUUGCACGAGAGAAUCCGGUGGAGGACAAGCAUCGCCGUCUGGUCCGCAGUCACCGAAGCAGCCCGUACGACCGCGAAUUGAAGCCAAACGCCAAGAUACGAGAUGAACUCUCGAAUAUCUUGAAUUACGCACCCAGUCAGCCGCUCACGUCCGAAGAGAAGGACCUCAUCUGGAAAUUCCGCUUCUACUUGACCCGGGACAAGCGUGGACUGACCAAGUUCCUGAAGUCGGUAACGUGGAGGGACCCGUCGGAGGUCAAACAGGCAGUGGAGGAGCUAUUGCCUCAAUGGACAGAGAUCGACAUCGAUGAUGCUCUCGAGCUCCUCGGACCCAAUACUGUCGAUUCCCGCGUCAGGGCAUAUGCCGUCAAGCAGCUGAACAGGGCCGACGACGAUGAGCUACUCCUCUAUCUGUUGCAGCUUGUCCAGGCGCUCAAGUUCGAGAGCACUGCGAGCGACCAGCGUUCUUCGCGGUCGACCACGAGCGCGGUAUCGUAUGAUGAUAGCGGUCUUGCGGACUUCUUGAUUUCACGGGCGAUGCGCAACCCUAUAUUGGGGAACCGUUUCCACUGGUACCUUAUGGUCGAGGUAGCUAUGGAGGACAAGAUGAUGGCCAAGAUGUACGGCAGAGUUGUGUUCAAGUUUAUGAAGAUCCUGGGGGACAACGGCGACGAGAGACGCGACCUCAUGCGAAGACAGGGAGAGCUUAUCGAUACCCUCUCGAAGCGCGCGCGCGAGCUCCGCACGUCGAAGGACCCGCGUCCGAAGAAGAUCGAGAAGCUGCGCGCGUUCCUCGGGGACUCGAAGAGCAACCUGUCCUCGAUGGCGCCGCUGCCGCUGCCGCUCAACGCGCGCGUGCAGGUCACGGGGAUCAUCGCGGAGAAGUCGAGCAUGUUCAAGAGCAACAUGUACCCGAUGCUGCUCUACUUCCAGUGCGCGGGCGGGAGCGAGUACCCGGUGAUCUUCAAGGACGGCGACGACAUGCGCCAGGACCAGCUCGUGAUCCAGCUGUUCACGCUGAUGGACCGGCUGCUCAGGAAGGAGAACCUGGACCUGAAGCUGAGCCCGUACGAUGUGCUGGCGACGGGCCCGAGCCAGGGGAUGGCGCAGUUCAUCCCGAGCAAGACGAUUGCGGCGAUCGUGAGCGAGCACGGGACGCUGCUCAAUUACCUUCGGGCCAACUAUCCGGACGAGGGUAGUGUGGGGACGUAUGGUGUCGAGCCCGGGGUCAUUGAUACGUUCGUCAGAAGUUGCGCUGGAUAUUGUGUCAUGACAUACCUUCUCGGUGUUGGGGAUCGGCAUCUGGACAACCUGCUCCUUGCCCCUGAUGGUCACUUCUUCCACGUCGACUUCGGGUACAUCCUCGGCCGCGACCCCAAACCGCUCGCGCCGCCCGUCAAGAUCUGCAAGGAGAUGGUCGACGCAAUGGGGGGCGUGCAGUCCGUGCACUACACGCGCUUCAAGAGCUUCUGCUUCACGGCGUUCUCGAUCCUGCGCAAGAGCGCGAACCUGAUCCUGAACUUGGUCACGCUCAUGGUCGACGCGAACAUCCCGCACAUCAAGCAGCGCGACGUGCACGAGCAGGUGCUCGGCAAGUUUUGCCUCGAAAUGACGGAGGAGCAGGCGAUCGAGCACUUUGAGCGUCUGUUGAAUGACAUCUCGCCGUUCACGGCGGUGUUGGAUAGGAUGCACGACUGGGCGCAGUAUUGGAGGAGUUAG